AUGGCGGUCAACGACCUGGUAUCCGACCCGAAGCUGUCCGUGGUCCUGCAGACCUCCGGCUACGCCCAGGACCAAGCCGCGAAGCUCCUGCAGCUCCUCACCGAGGUGUCCGCGGCCGGCGAAGCCCUCACCCCCGAGCUGCAGGCGGGCCUCUCCAAGGAGCAGAAGCUGCUGCUCACCAACAUCUCGCACCUCCGCGGCCUGCAUCGCGCCGCCAACUUCACCGCCAGGGAGACCAAGGCGCAGACCGCCGAGGCGCGCCACGAGGUCGACCGCCUGCACCUGCAGCUGCAGAACCUCUACUACGAACAGCGACACCUCGAGGGCGAGAUCGAGGCGUGCGAGUCCUACGACCAUACUUACCAGAAGCUUCCCCUCAUCCCCGUCGAGGAGUUCCUCGCGCAGUUCCCCGAGCACGCCGACGCCGACGAGAACGCCCUCAUGAUUGCGCGCAUCGGCCACGAGCGCGCGGAGCGCGAGACCCUCGAGCAGCAGCGGCUGGAGCUCGUGGGGAGGAAGCAGAAGCUCAUCGCCGAGAACAAGAAGAGGAAGGACGACCUGGCGAAUCUGGACAAGGACCUGGAAAAGUUUAUCGAUGCUGCGAAACCAAUCCAGGAGCUCUUCGAGAAGGUCGUCUGA